AUGGCCGGGCACGAGGGCUCGUCGGCGGAUUGGAUGGCGCAUCUCGAGCGCGCCUUGCGCUCCACGCAGCCUGGUGGGUCGCCGCUGAAACCACGGUGCGCAGCACAUCCCUUUCCGCUCCCCGCCUUCGUCCUCGUCCCCGUCUCCUGCCACCAUGAGCCGCGCUGCUUUCGCUGCACUCCGCUCACCGCUCUCCCUUGCCUCCCUCCCUCUCACACCUUUUCCACCCUUCCGCCUGUCCCCGCCCUCUCAGCCACCCAGUGCCACAGCAUUCUCGCAGCGGGGCCUGCCCUCGUGGAAUGGACGCUGGGGCAACAGCCAGGGAGGGGCGCGGGGGCGGGGAGGAAGAGGAAGAGGGGGAGGGAGGCGGAGAGCGGGAGGGGGAGCGGGUGGGGGGAGCAGGGGCAGCGGCAACAAGCCCAUGUGUCCGAGAGUGACGUGGCACGAUUCAAUUCGUUGGUUCUGCGCCUGGCUGAUGCCUUCAGCAGCAGCAGCAGCAGCGCCACCCGCCUCUGCAUUCUCAAGCUCUUCCUCCUCCACCUCACCACUGCUGCCUCCCCACUCCCUCUCUCUCCUCCCGCUCCUCCUUCUACCUCUCCUCCUUCUCCCUUUCCUGCAUCUCAUCAUGCCACGUCAGCUGCAGCAGCUGCCCCCUCCCUCACACCCGCCGCCCUGAGAACGCCCCCCGGUGCUGGGAGGUGCGACGCGGGUGGUGACGCCAUGCCUGACGUCAGCAGCAUGUGUGACGUCAGCCUGCUGCAUUGGCGGUGGAGGAGGGAGGGAGAGCGAGUGAGGGAUGUGUGGAGGGGAGCGAGAAGAAGGGGAGAGAGAGUGGUCACGAGGGAAGGAGAGAGAGAAAGUGGUGGUGCUGCCAUGGAUAGUUUUGGUGAUGAUGGGAGCAGUGGUGAUAGUGAUGAUUGCAGUGCGAGUGAUGGUGCCGAUAGUACUGGCAGUGAUGGUGGUGCUGGCGGUGGCAGUGACUGGGCGGGCGUGUUGACUGCUCGGAAGCUCUUGAACCCAACCCAAGUCAUCACCCGCAUCGCCCCUCUGCUCUCUCGCUCCCGCUCCUUUCCACUCCCACCCACCGCAGCAGCAGCAGCAGCAACAGCUGCCACUUCCCAUGCAGGCACAGCAGGCACAACCAUGCCAGCAGGCACAGCAGCUGCAACAGCAGCUGGCGCUGUUGACUCCGUUGACUCCCUUGAAUCCCGCUGUCUCGCGCUGCGCCUGAUUGGCUGCCUCGCUCCACUGGCUGCUGACGUGGCACACGUGCAGGAGUUGGUGGUGCGGGCGGCAAUGGAAGCAGAGGGACAGCAGGAGGUGAGCGAGGGGAGCGGGGGGAGGGGGAGAAAGAGGGGAAUAAGGGGGAGUAGGAGCUCCAUCACUCUCUCGUCGCUGCUCGCGUCGCGUCCCCUUCCAUUCCUUCCCUCGCACCCCAACCUCCAUGCUGCCACACUUCACCCCAACCUCCAUGCUGCCACACUUCACCCCAACCUCCAUGCUGCCACACUUCACCCCAACCUCCAUGCUGCCACACUUCACCCCAACCUCCAUGCUGCCACACUUCACUCCAAAAGCCCGCUUUCACUGCCUCUCCAUCCUUACUUUCCCUUGCAACUGUCUUCCCACCCCAACCUCCACGCAGCUCUCCUUGCGGCCACAUUCCUCCGUGUUGUCUCUGCCCCCUUCAUCCUCAACCCCCCUUCGUUCCCUCCAUUCUACGUAUCUUUCCCUUUUCUCCCUCUCUCCCUUCUUCCCAUCCUUCUCUCCCUCCUGUUCCUCCCCCCUUUCCCCAACUCGCCCACCCUCAGCUCCAUACAGCUCUCUUCAUUCUCAACUUCCUCCCCUCCUUGGUUCUAUUGUUCAACAACCCUCCCACCCACCCCCCUCUCCCCCUACAUCCCCACGCCCCAACCCCCACCCCAGCAGCGCCAUGCAGCUCUCUUCGCGCUCACCUUCCUCUGCGACGUCUCUCCUCCCUUCGCCCUCCACACUCUCCCCCUCCUCCUCUCCCUCGCUCUCCCCGCCUCCCCACCGCCACCCCUGCCUCUCUCCCUCAAACGCCAUCUGCACCGCUCCUCACACCUGCCUCUCCCGCAGCAAACCAAGCAGCCUCGAGUGAGAGGAAACGCACACAGGAGUCAAGAAGAGGCAGACGGGCAUGUGGCGGGGAAGCGGCAGCAGCAACAGCCUGAUGACUCGCCAGCUGCCCACGCACCGUUGCACCCACACUCGUUCGCCCACUCCCUGUCUCCACACACACUCCUACCACUGGCCCUACACACGCCUCUUCUCACAUCCUCCUCCCACAUGCCACGUGUCAGCCGCCCAUUGGCCCGAUGGAGGGGGCGUGAGGAGGGGGAGGAGGGGGUGCGGGUGCGAGUGGCAGCAGUGGUGGUGAAGUGCCUGGCGGGGCAUGAGGAGAGGGCUGUGAGGCGCGUGGCAUGGCAGGUGGCAGUCUGCCUGCUCUCUGCCUUCCCCUGUGCCCCGUGGUCCCCACUGCUGCGAUCGUGGGUGUGCGCACUGCAAGCACAGCUUGGCUGA